UGAGGCCAUGUUUCGCUGGAGCAGUAUAAAAUCCGAAAAGGGUUGAUUUGUUAAAUCAAUUGUAUAUGAUUUGGCAACUCUGCAUUUGACAUUUUGAGUUGAGAGUAGCUAAAUUCACACCACACGUGCAAAGAACUCUUCUUUACAUAUGAUUUUAAGCAGUUCAAAAUAAACCUAUAUUUCACUGAACUUAACACAGGUAUAGUCCAAGAUCCGAGGAUUACCAGAGAUUACUUACUUAAAAAAAAAUAGUUUAAUACCUGUAGCAUCUGGUACCUACCUGUAAAUUGGGCAUCGACCAUAGCAAUUGUACCCUGUGCAUUUCAACAAGUUUUGAUUACUCAGAAAGUAUGGAUGGAAAUAAUGACAUACCACCCAUUAAAAUCGAACCAAAACAAGAAGUAGAAAUCGAUUCCUUUCUUCAGGAACAUAUUUCAGUAAGCAACGAAGUUUUGGUGACAAUAAAGGACGAGGUUACCAUUAGUACACCACCCAAAUCUUUUUAUAAUGUAGUAGUACAGCAACCCUCUGUCUUUCAAAGUCACCUUUUAACUCAAUUUGAGUUUAAAUGUGUUGAUUGUGAUUAUGAGACAAAUGAUAAAAACUACUUCAAACGCCACAUUUUAAACCAUGGGGUUACUAAGGAUUUUAAAUGUGCUGAUUGUGAUUAUGAGACAAAUGAUAAAAAAUACUUCAAACGCCACAUUCUAAAACAUAGAGUUACUAAGGAUUUUAAAUGUGUUGAUUGUGAUUAUGGAACAAAUGAUAAAGGCAACUUCAAACAACAUCUUUUAACCCAUAAAGUUUCUAAGGAAUUUAAAUGUGCUAUUUGUAAUUAUGAAACAAACAAGAAAUUUUGCUUUAAUCAACACCUUUUAACGCAUAAAGUUUCUAAGGAUUUUAAGUGUGCGGAUUGUGAUUACGGGACAAAUAGGAAACAAGACCUCAAACAACAUAUUUUAAUACAUAAAAUUUCGAAGAUUUUUAAAUGUGCUGAUUGUGAUUACGGAACAAAUAAUAAACAUGUCUUCAAAAGACAUCUUUUAACACACAAAAUUUCUAAGGAUUUUAAAUGCGCCGAUUGUGAUUAUGGGACAAAUGUUAAAAGCAACUUCAAUCAACAUCUUUUAACACAUAAAGUUUCUAAGGAUUUUAAAUGUGUUUAUUGUGAUUAUGAAACAAACAAGAAAUACUGCUUAAAUCGACACCUUUUAAUACAUAAGGUUUCUAAGGAUUUUAAAUGUGCUAAUUGUAAUUAUGAGACAAAUCGUAAAAAGCAACUUACAACGACAUGUUUUAAAACAUAAAGUUUCCAAGGAUUUUAAAUGCGCUGAUUGUGAUUAUGGGACAAAUAUUAAAAACAGCUUCAAACAACAUCUUUUAACCCAUAAAGUUUCGAAGGAUUUGA